UUCAAAUAGAUAUUGUUAAAGAAAUUAAGAAACUGAACAUUCUUAGCAAUGGCAAAACUUUUCAGUUACUUAACAAUAUUAUUUUGGGCAUCAUUACCAAUGAUUUUUGGCCUUUUUCUUUUUACUAAUGGAUUUUUUCUUCGUAGAAAUGCAAGAAUCGAAUACAAUAACUGUUCUUUGUCUGAACAAGAUUUAUUUAAUUUUGAAAAUCCGCACUCUAUUGCUGGGCAAUGUUUAAAACCACGUGCUAGAGUAAUAUUAUUAGUUGUCGAUGCUUUAAAAUAUGAAUUUACAACUACAUUUUAUGAUGAAACUUCAUCAGCUUCUUUUCAUAGAAAUAAACUGCCUAUAAUUAAUAAAAUAUUAAAAAAUUAUUCAAAAAAUUCCAAAUUAUUAAAGUUUAUAGCUGAUCCUCCAACAACCACAAUGCAAAGAUUAAAAAGUAUAACUACUGGUACAUUACCAACAUUUAUUGAUAUGCAUGAUAAUUUUGCAGCAGAUAGUAUUGUAGAAGACAAUUUUAUCAAUUUAAAUAUGGAAAAUGGAAAUGUUUUUAUGGGAGAUGAUACAUGGACAAAAUUGUAUCCUAAUAAGUUUUUAAGAGAAUACGCAGCUCCAUCAUUUGAUGUUUCAGAUCUUGAUACGGUAGACUUAGAAGUUAAGAAUCGAAUUUUCAAGGAAAUUGAAAAUACAGACUGGUCUCUUUUAAUAGCCCAUAUUUUAGGAAUUGAUCAUUGCGGUCAUAAACACGGAAUGCACCAUCCAGAGAUGCUAAGAAAAUUAAAUGAAACAAAUUUUUUUAUAGAAGAAAUUAUUGAAAAAAUUAAUACAGAAAAAAGAGAUACGAUACUUUUCGUUGUUGGUGAUCACGGAAUGACAGAAAGUGGUGAUCAUGGUGGAAGUGAAUUGGAUGAAAUUGAGGCAGCAAUGUUUAUUUAUUCAACUUUGCCAUUACUAAAUUCAAGUACAAUUUUAGAUAUUGAAUCAACAUCAAUUGUAAAUCAGAUUGACAUUGUUCCAACAAUAUCGGUUAUUUUAGGAAUUCCUAUUCCAUUUUCAAAUAUUGGAAAUUUAAUUAUUGAAGCAAUUCCAAAGAAAGAAUAUAUACAAGAUUUAAAAACAUUUGAUUUUAAUUUUAUUUUACAUUCACAAUGGAGGAAUAUUUUUCAAGUGCAGCAUUAUAUAGAUACUUAUUCAUCUGAAAACUUUUUAUCCGAUGAAAAUAGCUUAUCAGAAUUAAAGAAAAUGUAUAAUGAACUUUUACUUAAAAUGAGAUUUAUAAAAAGUGAUAUAGAUUUGAAAGAAUUUAUAAAUUUAUCAGAUAAAUAUUUUAGAACUGUGCGAAAAAUGUGUUACGAAGUAUGGGUACAAUUUAAUCCUAAUUUAAUAUCAAGAGGAUUAAUUUUGUUUUUCUGUGCUAUAUUUUCAUUUUUUAUAAUAAUAAGUGGAUUAAGAGGCAAACGACUACAGAAAAUAUUAGAAUCUUCAUUUUUAACAUGUAUAUGUUGCACAUUUUUAUUAAGUUUAUCAAUUAAUUUAUGGUUAUAUUGGCUUCAAGUAAUUGACAAUUUUGAAAAUACUUUUCUAUUUUUUUGUGGCUUAAUACCAGUACUUUGUUUUGGUAUUUUAUUAAUUCAAAACUGGGAUUAUAUUUCAAUGACAUGGUUCGAAGAAUCACGGCAGAAAAAAACUAUGAUAAGUAUUUUUUCUAGAAUAAUUCUACUUACUAUAGUUUUUGGUGUAUUUUCAAAUAGUUACAUUAUUGAAGAAAAUAAAAUUUUGUCCUAUUUUUUAAUUACAUUAUUUUGUUUUCUUAUAUACUCAGUGCAAUAUAAAAAUAAUACUCAAAGUACUUAUAAGAAAAUCAAAAUUUUUGAAAGGUCAAAUAUAAAUGUUUCUAUGUCGCUAUUAAUAGUUUUUAUUAUUUGUUUAUUAAUAAGAAGUACAAAUUAUUUUUGGAGACAAAGAAAUGAACAGAAACAAUCACAACAAGUGGAGCAGGUCUAUAUGAAUUUUAUUAUUGGAAAAGUAGGAUCAAUAAUUUCAAAAGAUUUAGAAAUGAUUUUUGUACUUGUAGCAAUUGCUUUACUUUCACUUUAUAUUACAGUCAUCAAAAUUUGGCUUUGUGAUUGUGGAAAUUUAUCAGGAUAUUCUCCAAGUGAAAUUUUAGCUCGAUUUUCUCCAGCAAUUAUAGUUGUUACUAUUUCUUGUUACUGGAUUUUAAAGUUACAAAGAAUUUCAAAAUUAAAUUCUGCCCUCAUACAGCGUAUUAAUUCAUUGCCUAUAAUUAUUUAUAUACUAUUUGUUAAUGCUAUAUUCUUAAUAUUCUUUCGUCCACUAACAGUAUUUCUACUUCCUAAAGAAAAGGAGAAUAUAAGUAUUUAUCAAGAAGAAACAACUAUACCAAAACUUUAUAAAAAAAUUAAAAAUGUACUUUAUAACAAAAAAAUUGAAGAUGAAAAUGAAAUACCAAUAGUCUUUGGACUUGGAACUGUCUAUAGUGCCUGCUUUGUUUUACUUAGUGUAUUUUUAUGUUUAAUUUAUACAUUAUUACUGGGAUUUAUUAUAACUCCAAGUGUAAUUUUAAUGAAUCUAAUUUGCAUAGGAUUAUUGUACAUUAGUGCGAUCGAUCGAAUUAAUAGAGCUACUACUUUAGAAGAAUUUCUACAUGUUCCUAAUCCAUCGAUUCUAUGUUGGUUCCUUAUUGCGGAAUAUUUCUUCUAUGCUACGGGUCAUCAACCAAGUUUCUCAACAAUCCAUUGGGAUGCUGGUUUCAUUGGAAUUGAUGGUUCAUUGCAACACCACUCUCUUCGAGCAAUACUCCUUGGAAUAAAUACAUUUGGUUCACAUAUAAUUUUGGGAAUGACUUUUCCACUUCUUAUAUUUGCACCAUUUACGUUGAGGUUAGUUUUUCCUAAUUUAAUUAAAUCAAAAAAAAUCCAGUGGAAUGAUAUUAAACAAGGUGAACUCAUCCUUUUUCAAAAUGAUACCCAAUUUCAUUCAGAAGUUUUUAAUGUUGCUGGAAAAUAUAUAUUACUUCAUGCUGCUAGGGUAUUUGUUUGUAUGCUUGCUGCUACUGUACAUUGUCGACAUUUAAUGGUAUGGACAAUUUUUGCUCCAAAACUAAUCUUUGAAGGAAUUAGUUUUAUUAUUACAGUUGCUAGUGUUUUAACAUCUUUAUUGUUAUUAUUGAGAAUAGAAAAUUGCAUUCAAAAGCUUAUUUUUCAAAUUACUUAAAAUAAAUAGAGUUAAAAUUAUUCUAAAAUCGAUUAAUGCAACAAUUAUUGA